GGUUGGCGCCAGUGGCUCGUCGACAACAUGCUGUUUGUACAUAGGUGAAUAACAAAACGUCGACGUCGUCGGAGGUUGGUUGUCAUCGUGGAGUUUGGUGGAGAAUUUGGUACGGUGUCCACAGGGUGAAUACGGAUUGGACGAUUCAUGUGCUUUUUGGACCGGGGAAGGUACGAGGGUCUCCUUUAAACCCUCGACAAGUUAAUCACCAGCCGGCCAUUGGCUACUAUGCAAAUAGUACAUUUUGUAGCUGCUCUGUCCGCGGUGUUCAGUUUAACCGCUAUUGUAAAGCCAGUUCAUUCCCAACAUUUCAACGAUACACUGUUGCUGUCCAGAUCAGAACGUAGCACACACGUCUGCUUACUGUGCUACCUACUUAGGGACGAUUUAUACUACAGUAACGACGUAACAAUCGAACAAGCAGGAAAGUAUUUAAAGCCUCGCGAAAACCAAAUGCUCCUUCGACAAGAAACUCGUAAUCGAACAGCGGUCGAUUGUUGUCCGUCUGUUUUGGAAAUGGUUGAACCGGAAGGGGGGAAGAACCAGGACGAUCAGUAUGUGGAGCUGUACAGGGACGGGGCAAACAGACAACGAUUUUACGAACUAUCAUGUCACAAGGACGUCGUUGGAAAACCUUGUAGAUUUAUGGACCGGAAAUUGCACAACAAUUCGCAGUGCGUUCAAAAGUACAGUUAUUCCUACGCGAUCGUUAAAGAUCCGGGUAAAAAAGGUCAUUUAAGGCCUUCGUUUCCAUCGUUUCCGGCAAACGGUCAAAACGGCGAUGCAAAAUGGACGUUGGAUUAUAUUAAAGUGCGCAGUGGGUGUAGUUGCGUGGUGGUGCCGAAUAAGAAGAAUAAAAAGCGUAGAGGUCGACACGAAGGGGUACAUUGAGAGGAGGGUUUUUUUAAAAUAUUCGUUUUUCUUCUCUCUAUCUCUCCUCAUCAACCAAAGUGACUCGUUAAGUGUUCAAUUUAUUUAUUUUUUAUUUUAUUAUAUUAUAUUAUUUUUUCGAUUCUGAUUCGUCAUAAUGCAUGUAGUAAAUGUGAAUGUUACCAACGUCUUUUUUGUACUAUGUCGUACUUUAAGGUAAUAAGAAAAAAAACAUCCCCCAUUAAGGGAAUUGAUAGACUGAGGGGGGCUGAUUUAUAUUUUUUUUUAACUCGAAUUUUUUUUAGAUCUGAAAAAAAGUUUAGAGAAAACAUUUUUUUUUCUUAAAUUAUUAAUGAGGAGGAAUGUAAAUACUGUCCGGUUACAAGACGACAGACAGCUCAGGGAAAAGUGUUAUACAACCGAAUCGUUUUUCGCCAACUCUUCGCGUUCGAAGUGAUGGGGAAAAUAAAACAUAAAUAAGGUUGUAACAAAUAGCGCACGCAUUAUUAAUCACAUACAGACUGUAUUUAUGUAUUUAUUUUUUUAAUGCGAUUAUGUAAUUAAAAUGUAGAGUAGAAAAUGAUGUUGACUCAAAUAAAAAUGAUAACUUAAAGAUAACUUUUGUAUAAGUUGGCUUUAAUUAAUAAAGUUGGCUCAAUUAAGGUGACUAUUAUUGUAUUAAAUGGAGUUAACUGACUUUAAAACGUAAUCGAGUCUAUAAAAAUAAAUGUAUAAUUGUACUAAUUAACGCUAUUACUCCGUUGUCGAUGUAACACAGAUCUUCUCGAAACUUAUUUGUACAUAAUCUAUGCGAAAUAAUAAUGAUUUAAAAAUGAUGAUGUAAAUAAGUGAAAUAAAAAAGUAUUUGGAAAA